AUGAGUGCUUCAAAACGAGGAACCAACUGGACUACGCAGGAGGACGAGGCAUUAUGCGCUGCUUGGUUGAACACCUCGCAGGACGCUAGCAUCGGCAUUAACCAGCGCGCAAAAACGCUUUACGAUCGCGUGUUUGAUCGUUUCCAGGAGAUAUGCAGCGAAAAUCACGUUCCGGGUAAUCCAGAACUACGCGCCCCUAGCGGAAUAAAAGCUAGAUGGCAUCACAUUAGUAAAAUGGCAAGCAAGUUUGCAGGUUGUGUUGCCCAAAUCGAGAACCGUUGCCAAAGUGGGGCGUCUCCUGAGGAUUUUUUGAGACAAGCGAUUGCACUAUUUGCAACGACGGAGAAGACUCCAUUUACUUUAAUGCACUGCUAUAGCAUACUGCAAAGUGCCCCGAAAUGGCAGCAGUAUCACACAGUAAAGAAAUCACCCACUCCAAAAAGGUUAGCUGCAGAAAUUGAUUUGGCCAGAGGCGAAACAGAUCUGCCUUCCGACCGUCCUAUCGGUCAAAAGGCCUGUAAAGCGCAAAGGUUGAGCCAAGGAUACGCCACGUCGGAAGUGAAAUAG